AUGCCGGCUCCCGAGGUAACACCUACGCCUACACCAGUAACUCCGCUACCCCCUCCUGCGUCCAUGGAAACCAUCUUGGCACGCCUCGCCCUGCAAGAAGCGGCGCAGAAGGCGGCGGUCGACCAAAUCACAGCGAUAGCAAAAAUACUCGCCCCUAUCGCUGCAAACGCCGAAGCUUCAACGGCGCAGUACCGUCGACACCUGUUCGCCACUGAACGAACCACCAACGUAGCACCUGCGCGGGAUAACAACAACCAGAGCGCCGGUAACAACAACCAGAGCGCGGUGGUAACGACAUCAACGCAGGACACCGCAAGCGAGCUAGCCGCGUUGAAACAGUCGGUCCUCGACAUCAACUCAAAGAUCCACCAGGUGACGACCUCGGCGCCCCAAAUCGAGCACGUACUCGCGGAAUCUCUUCGCACACCCUUCACGCAAAGGGUCACCGGCGUACGGCUCCAGAAGAUGGAGAAACUUCGUCUUCCAACCUUCAAGGGUCUCUCCGACCCGUCUACUCAUGUCACGUCCUUCAACAUAGCGAUGCGACGUGCAAAUCUGACCGACGAAGACAAAGACGCCGGCUUUUGCCAACUCUUUGUCGAAACCCUAGAGGGACCGGCCCUUACUUGGUUCACAGGCCUCAGAGAAAACUCCGUCGAUUGUUUCCACGACCUCUCGACGGCCUUCCUGAAGAAUUAUAUCAUGUUCACCAACCAAGAAACGACCGUGUCCGACUUGUGGAACCUCACUUAUACCAGCGGCCAAAGCCUCCGCGACUUCAUGGAGAAGUUCAAGGCUAUCGUCUCGAAAGUUGAUAUUCCUGAUCCUAUCGCUGUCGAGUCUCUGAUGAACACUUUGCACGUUGACUCCACGUUCCGUCAGGAUCUUUACCGAUACCCGACGAAAUCUGUGUCUGACGCCAUCCCUCGCUCGAACAACUUCAUCCGCAUGGAAGAAGACACAAGAGCAAAGUUUGCAAAAGAAGCAGCAGCGAAACAGCGACCCGCCCGAACAAACGACACCCGCCAUGAGCCCCGCCAGCACUCAUCCGGUGGGAACACCACUCAGAAGCGAGGCUACGUUAGCUCGGUCGACGACGAGGAAUCGCCAAAAACAGCAGCCGUCACGCGAGAGAAAGCCUGGAACCACUGGGAUCGAGACUCCGCCUCGAAGCAAUCAAAGUCGUCCGAACCAGCGAGUUCAAACUCCGAGGAGCCAAAGAAAUGGUGCCUCUACCACAAAAGGGAUUCCCAUGAUACGAAAGAGUGCAAAGUCCUCAUCGGGCAAUUUUUCGACGGGAUCACUAACGGGACAAUUCAAAUGCCCACCUCUCCAACGACACCGAAAAACACCAAAAGUUGGAGUAAGAACAAGGAGAAGAAGAGAAGAAGGCACAGAAGUCUCAGCAGAACACGGCCCCUAGCGAGGAAAGAGCGAGCCCUGAGCGCACUCCUGUCAACAACGUCGGCCCUGCCAACGAUUCAUCAGAAAACGAACAUCCGCGUCGCCGGCGACGAGUGUAAGUCAUACUCUCCCGCCCUUGUGACUCCUCUAACGACGACUCCUCGACAAUGCAACCAGAUUUACGCGACAAACUGA